AUGGAGGAGGACGACCAGGAGGCCGAGAGGGGCCAACGGCAGCAGCCAGCGGCGUCCUGGGCGGGAGGCAGAAGGGGGCGCCGACGGACGCAGGCACUGCAGGAGGCAGGCGGAUCGACAGCCCUCGGAGACAGACCAAGCAGCUUUAGAGAAUCACCAGAUGCCCCAAGAACAGACCAGGUACCUGAAGAGAAGGACCAGGUAGCCCCAGAGACAGACCAGGUGCCUGGAGGAAGGACCAGGCAGCCCCAGAGACAGACCAGGUACCUGAAGGAAGGUCCAGACGCCCCAGAGACAGACCAGGUACCUGAAGGGAAGGACCAGACGCCCCAGAGACAGACCAGGUACCUGAAGGAAAGGACCAGACGCCCCAGAGACAGACCAGGACCAGACGCCCCAAAGCCAGACCAGGUACCUGAAGGGAAGGACCAGGCAGCCCCAAAGCCAGACCAGGUACCUGUAGGGAAGGACCAGGUAGCCCCAGAGACAGACCAGACAGACAAGGUACCUGAAGGGAAGGACCAGACGCCCCAGAGACAGACCAGGUACCUGAAGGAAGGACCAGACGCCCCAGAGACAGACCAGGUAUCUGAAGGGAAGGACCAGACGCCCCAAAGCCAGACCAGGUACCUGAAGGGAAGGACCAGACGCCCAGAGACAGACCCGGUACCUGAAGGGAAGGACCAGGUAGCCCCAAAGACAGACCAGGUACCUGAAGGGAAGGACCAGACGCCCCAAAGACAGACCAGGUACCUGAAGGGAAGGACCAGGGAAGGACCAGACGCCCCAGAGACAGACCAGGUACCUGAAGGGAAGGACCAGGCAGCCCCAAAGCCAGACCAGGUACCUGAAGGGAAGGACCCGGCAGCCCCAGAGACAGACCAGGUACCUGUAGGGAAGGACCAGGUAGCCCCAAAGACAGACCAGGUACCUGAAGGGAAGGACCAGACGCCCCAAAGCCAGACCAGGUACCUGAAGGAAGGACAAGACGCCCCAGAGACAGACCCGGUACCUGAAGGGAAGGACCAGGAGCCCAGAGACAGACAGGUACCUGAAGGGGAAAGACAGUGCCCAGAGACAGACCAGGUACCUGAAGGGAAGGACCAGGGAUCCCCAGAGACAGACCAGGUACCUGAACGGAAGGACUAG